GCUACGUUGUCUUGUACAUCGUAAUCACUGUUCAUGUCAAAGAACAAGAACAGCCAUUAAACGUAGUGUAUAUACAUAAACUGGACAGUUUCUGAAGCAUAAUUGUCAUUGAGGAUUUAAUUAUGGCCGGGAGCGGCAUCGCACAGAAAACAUGGGAGCUCACCAACAACAUGCAGGAAGUUCAAAGUGUUGAUGAAAUAUAUAAAUAUGACAAAAAACAACAACAGGAAAUUCUUGCGGCUAAACCAUGGACUAAAGACCACCACUAUUUCAAGUACUGCAAGAUAUCUGCCUUGGCCCUCCUGAAGAUGGUAAUGCAUGCACGUUCUGGGGGAAAUCUGGAGGUGAUGGGACUGAUGCUUGGGAAAGUGGACGGUGAAACAAUGAUCAUUAUGGAUAGUUUUGCUUUACCAGUGGAAGGAACUGAAACCCGUGUCAACGCUCAGGCUGCAGCCUAUGAGUAUAUGGCUGCCUACAUCGAGAAUGCUAAACAGGUUGGGCGUUUGGAAAACGCCAUUGGAUGGUACCACAGUCACCCAGGCUAUGGCUGCUGGCUCUCAGGCAUUGAUGUCAGCACUCAGAUGCUCAACCAGCAGUUUCAGGAACCUUUUGUGGCAGUAGUGAUUGACCCCACUCGAACCAUAUCUGCUGGAAAAGUCAAUCUUGGUGCUUUCAGAACGUAUCCAAAGGGCUACAAGCCACCAGAUGAAGGGCCGUCCGAGUACCAGACAAUUCCACUGAAUAAGAUUGAGGAUUUUGGAGUACACUGCAAACAGUACUACGCUCUAGAGGUGACGUAUUUUAAAUCCUCCCUGGAUCGCAAAUUGCUGGAGCUCCUGUGGAAUAAAUACUGGGUUAACACCUUAAGUUCCUCUAGUCUUCUGACUAACUCAGACUACACCACGGGACAGGUGUUUGACCUGUCUGAGAAGCUGGAGCAGUCGGAAGCUCAGCUGGGCCGAGGCAGCUUCAUGCUCGGCCUAGACACACACGACAGAAAAUCGGAGGACAAACUAGCCAAGGCGACACGAGACAGUUGCAAAACGACUAUUGAAGUAAUACAUGGAUUGAUGUCACAAGUUAUUAAAGAUAAACUCUUCAAUCAAGUGAACACAUCUAGCAAUUAACUCUUCCAGAAACUAAAGUGAGAUUGUUUGAAGAAUUUGCUUCGUAAUUAAUGUGCCACAUCUGAACUCUGGGUAAUGUUUAGUAAUUCCUGUUGAAGGAACAGUUCCCAUAAAUUUUCUGACACUGAAUACUGCUUGGUGUGACUAAAUACAAA